UAUAUAAUCCUCGUAGACAAGAGAAAGAAGCAGAAACACCCAAGACGUCUCUUCUUCUGCUGCAAGGAACUCUAGAUAGAUAUCCAACAUGGACUACGGAGACAUCUUGAAGGUUGAAACAACCGGAGCGUCCAAAGAAACCGCGGAGGCAUACUAUGAUAGGAAUCUGAGCAAAGGUGUAACGGCAUCGGAAAUAAUGGCUAAAGAAGAUUUGGAUAGUAUGAAAAAAUAUAAGACCAUCAUUAAGAAUGUGGCAGAAAGAUGGGAUGUUAACCCAGCUCUCAUCGCUGGCAUCAUCUCCAGAGAGUCCGAGGCCGGUUUCUCCAUCAAAAAUACUGACCCCCCCGGUUGGGGGGACAAGGGUAAUGCCUUUGGACUGAUGCAGGUUGAUAAGAGACAUCAUGAUAUACCAAAACAUCAAACCUGGGACGGUGGGGAGCACCUGUACCAAGCCACUGGGAUCCUGGUCUAUUUCAUUGGACGGAUCCAGAAGAAGUUCCCCAGCUGGACCGCAGAACAGCAGCUGAAGGGAGCACUCGCAGCCUACAACAAGGGAGACGGUGUUGUUCGCUCCUAUAAAAAUGUGGACGAGAAUACCACAGGAAAAGACUACUCCAAUGAUGUCGUUGCCAGAGCCAAGUGGUACUGGGAUAAUCUUUUUAAGCCUUCUUGCUGGCCAUGGCAGCGUUGAUGAGCAGAACACAGUGUUUAAAUGGAGGAAGAUCUAUCUAAUAUGUGUGUGUGAUAGGGAGUCCAGAUAUUGGACUCCCUAUCUGUUCUAUGGUUGUUUGGAUUAAAAUGACUGGACUAUAACCAUUCGAUUCGAUUAUAAAAAAUAUAUUGCUGUAAUUUAUCAAGCAUUUGUAAUUAAA